CCGCAUCCCACCUUGCUCUCUUUCUCCCCCUUUCCUCCCCAAAAAUGUCCUUCUUCGACUUCAACAGGGACAAGAACACUCCCUCCCCCGCGGCCACGUCCGAUGCUUAUGCAGUCCUCGCCGGCGCACCCAUAGCCCGGCAAGGCGGGGCCACCUCUGUCUCCCCCGCAUCCGAGGCGCUCACAGCGACGGAUCUUCUCAGCGCAGGCUCGUUCGAUGCUGCCAGGCUGCAUCCUAUGGCUCAGCUGGGGGACAAGCUGGACUACCUCUUGCUGGAGGACGACAAGGUUAACCAGCUCCCUGGGUCGGGGACGGCGUUGCCCAGCCGAGGGUGGAGCGACGACCUCUGCUACGGAACGGGGACGACGUACCUUUCGGGUCUGGCAAUUGGUGGACUGUGGGGGUUUAGGGAAGGCGCUAUCCGCCCACUGGCAGUGUCAAACACCCGUCUCCGGAUCAACAGUAUCCUGAACAGCGUCACCCGGCGAGGGACAUUCAUCGGCAAUUCGGCCGGUGUGAUGGCACUGGCGUACAACGCUAUCAAUUCCUGCAUCGACGGCUAUAGGGGGAAACACGAUACCUGGGGUUCGCUCGCCGCCGGCGGACUCACAGGCGCGCUUUAUAAGUCCACAGCUGGUGUGAGGCCCGCUCUGGCUGGUGCGGCCGUCAUGACCGGUGUCGCCGGUAUCUGGUGCUAUAUCAAAACAGUUAUCGUAUAGUCCCACCAUCUGGAGUCGAUCAUUUUGGUCUACAGGUGUGCAGAAAUGAGAAGAUGGGGAUGUCCGUUCAUUGUGUUCGGUUUGUUAGGAUGAUGUCAUUGUAUUUUCUUGCACUACUCUCCGCUCUAAUAUAUUCUGGAAAGC